AUGGCUCCAAAAUUGCCGCCAGCAGAACAGCGGGAAACGGUGUUCGUGAAAACGAAUAUUUAUCCACUGGAAGUUGAAAAUCGAAUUGUGUAUCGCUACGAUGUGCGCAUAUAUGUAAGCCGUGCUGGUACAUCGAAGGAAAGGCCGGUCGAUUUAUGCAAGGGCGAAAGAGAUGAGUAUGUUUUAUGGCGAUUUUCACUCUUUUCUGCUGCAACACGGAAUAAAGCAACCAGACACGAAAUAAAUCCUCUGGCUUAG